CACAAGUUUUUUCGAAAAAAAAACAGCAGCAGUCGUGAAAAUAUUCUUUACACACAGCAUAUACUAUGUCCGCUUCUGAUGGUCAAUUGCCCAAUAUCAAAUUCGAUGGUAAUGCACCGAAAUUGGAUAAAGCGCAACUGGAAUUUAUGAAAAUCAUCGAGCAGCAGAAUUUGGUGCGUGUGGAAAAAUUGCAGCGCAUACGUAGAAAUAACCUAAUCACAGCCGGCAUCUUGGGCGCCUCCGUAUUGGGUAUUUAUGCCUACUCAAUGCUAUCAGUGCAACAAGAGGAUUUUCUAGAUGAUUUUGAAGAGCCGAAAAAAGUUUCAAAGCAAUAAAAAGUAGUUACAUAAAGUUAUAUUUAGUUUUAAGACAAGCGACAGGCGAGCGAAAGCCAAAUAGUGUUUUUAUUGUUGUGUAAUUAAGGAUUAAUAUUGGAGUUCUAUAUUUGUUGUUGCAUAUAAGUAAUAUUUCAUCAGCAUGCCACAUGCUGCAGCACGCGUACUCACCGGCGGUGUGCGCCUACCGCCCAUGCCGACCAUACGCGAUCUCGUCAAACUCUAUAAAUUGCAAGCCAUUAAAUAUAUGAGUCAGAAUUUCAUUAUG